GAACAAUUAGGGUUUCUCUAAACACUUUGCAGCCUGCCAGCCACCAAGUUCUCCUUCUUCCCUCUCUCUCUAUCUCUCCUUCGUUCUCCUCUACCUCUCUCUGUGUGAAGGAAGGCCCCUUAGCAGCAAACACCGCAGAUUGAAGAAUUAUUAUCUCACAACUCGUCAAUCUCUUCUCCAUCUCACAAAUCAAUUGCAGUCCAUUGCUAGUAAGAUGUCAUAUGAAUUUAUCACAUUGUAAAUUUUUAAUGAGUUCGUGCGGUGGCAGCACAGGUGCGGUACGGUGCUUCUGCAUGUGGUGUGCGGUGGCGGUGCUUUCGAAUGUGGCUGAUUUCAAAUCCCAUUCUUUGGUUUUAUCGGAGUUUUUUUUUUUUUAUAUAAUUGUAAUUGUGGGUUAAGUUUGCUGUAAAACUAAUGUGUAAAUUAAGUUUGGAAUUUUGGUUUUUAAAUUUAUGAAUGUUAUGGAGUAUGAAUUUUGAAAUUUUGAUUUACAAUCAAUUUGUGUUUGAUUGAGUAAUAGAUCUAAUAAUUUGAGCUAUUUUCCUUCCAAUUUUACUUAAUCAAGAUUCUUAAAAUCCGGGUACCCUAUGUCCCGACCCGAGAAAUUCGGGUACCCGAGACCCGGGUACCCGAGUUUCUCGGGUCGGGACAUGGGCCGGCUGUCCAACUACCCGAUAAUCCGGGUACCCGCAAUUUCGGGUACCCAAAAACCUGGGUACCCGGAUUUGAACACCCCUAUGGGUGACCCCAUUACACUCUAACAUAUUUCAAAACGACGUCGUGUAAACCACAUCAACAUUCGACAUAAUUUACUGUCGUCGGCAAAACACAAAAUUGCAGAUCCCAACCCAUCAAUUUCCCAAAUUCCCAUCCUCACCAUCGCGCGCAAUCUCAGUGUCGGCAACAAUGGAAGACGAAAUCACCAAAAAUGGCGGAGGAGAGAGAAAAUGGCGAAAACGAAAUCACAGCAACAAACAAACAAAAGCAGACAUAGCCGACACAUUGCGCAAAUCAUGGUAUAGAUUACGCCUUUCAGUGCGCCACCCUUCUAGGGUUCCGACGUGGGACGCCGUCGUUUUAACGGCGGCGAGUCCUGAGCAAGCUCAACUCUACGAAUGGCAGCUUAAUCGCGCUAAACGCCUUGGUCGGAUUGCUGAAUCUACGGUUACUCUUGCUGUUCCGGAUCCUCAUGGUCAUCGUAUCGGGUCGGGUGCUGCUACUCUCAAUGCUAUUCAUCAGUUGGCUCUUCAUUAUCAGAGGAUUGCGGCUAAUAAUGGAGAUGAUUCGGCUGUGCAAAGAGCUGAUGGAAGUCUUGACUCUGCUUCUCCUGAAAGGUUUGACAAUGGAGUUCCUGACCUGCUGUGCAUUGAUUUUUUGGCAAAAAAACAUAUACUAUUGCUGCAUGCUGGAGGUGACUCUAAAAGAGUCCCAUGGGCAAAUCCUAUGGGGAAGGUUUUUCUGCCACUUCCAUAUUUAGCAGCAGAUGACCCUGAUGGGCCUGUACCUUUGCUUUUUGACCAUAUACUUGCAAUUUCAUCCUGUGCAAGGCAGGCUUUCAAAAAUAAAGGUGGGUUGUUCAUUAUGACGGGAGACGUACUUCCUUGUUUUGAUGCCUCCAAUAUGUUUCUGCCAGAGGAUGCGUCAUGCAUCAUCACAGUUCCUAUAACUCUUGACAUUGCCUCUAAUCAUGGUGUUGUGGUGGCUUCUAAAACUGCAAAUUUAGAUGCUAUUUCUUCUGUCAGUUUAGUUGAAAAUCUUCUGCAGAAACCUAGUAAGGAGGAGCUUGUUGAAAGUCAGGCUCUUCUGGAUGAUGGCAGAACAUUGCUUGACACUGGAAUUAUAGCAGUAAGAGGUAAAGCAUGGGUUGAGCUUGUCAACCUUGCAUGCUCUGGCCAAUCAUUGAUUCUGCAGCUUCUAGAUAGUAAAAAAGAGAUGAGCUUGUAUGAAGAUUUAGUUGCAGCUUGGGUGCCUACAAAACAUGAAUGGUUAAGGAAGCGACCAUUGGGGGAGGAACUUGUCAAUAAAUUGGGAAAGCAACAAAUGUUCAGCUAUUGUGCUCAUGAAUUACUCUUUUUGCAUUAUGGUACAUCAAGUGAAGUAUUGGAUCAUCUUAGUGGUGCUGACUCUGGACUUGUAGGACGUAGACAUCUUUGCUCAAUACCAGCAACCACUACAUCUGACAUUGCAGCCUCAGCUAUUAUUCUAUCCAGUGAAAUUGCUCCAGGAGUCUCAGUUGGUGAAGAUACUCUCAUUUAUGAUUCUUCAAUUUCUGGUGGAAUACAAAUUGGCUCCCUGUCUGUUGUUGUUGGUAUAAACAUUCCUGGGGGUGUGCAAGAUCAAGUUAGAUUUAUGCUUCCAGAUCGCCACUGCAUUUGGGAGGUACCAUUGUCUGGCUGUAAUGAUCGGGUUAUUGUGUACUGUGGUCUUCAUGAUAACCCAAAGACUUCGAUGUCUAAGGAUGGAACAUUUUGUGGGAGACCGUGGAAGAAAGUGUUGCGUGAUUUACACAUUCAGGAAACUGAUCUCUGGAGUUCUACAAGUGACAGUGAAAAAUGUUUAUGGAAUGCAAAAAUAUUUCCAAUCCUCCCUUACUUUGAAAUGCUUCAAUUAGCAUCAUGGUUAAUGGGAUUGUGUGACCAGAAAAAUCAAUCCUUGCUUAUUUUAUGGAGAAAUUCUCCUCGAAUGAGUUUGGAAGCAUUGCAUAGAUCGAUUGACUUUCAAAAAAUGUGCUUGGGUUCCAAUACUCAUCAAGCUGAUCUAGCUGCGGGUAUAGCAAGGGCAUGCAUUAGCUAUGGAUUGUUAGGACGAAACUUAUUUCAACUGUGUGAAGAGAUACUGCAAAUAGAAAAGUCAGGAGCUGAAAUCUGCAAGGACUUCUUGGCAAUGUGUCCCAGCCUCCAGGUGCAGAACUCAAAUAUAAUUCCUAAAAGUCGUGCAUACCAGGUGAAAGCUGACCUUCUCCGGGCCUGUAGAGAUGAGAUGCUGGCAAAUGAUCUGGAAAGCAAAGUUUGGGCUGCAGUUGCAGACGAAACUGCAUCAGCUGUUAGAUAUGGUUUUAAAGAGAAUCUUCUGGAUGCAUCUCAUGGCAUACCCGCGUUAAUACACCAAGGCAACAAUCUUGACAUUGGCGCAGAGGAGCAAAACUUGCUCCGGAGUGUGAAGGUUGAAUUACCUGUACGUGUAGAUUUUGUUGGGGGUUGGAGUGAUACUCCACCAUGGAGUUUGGAGCGUGCUGGUUGUGUUCUUAACAUGGCUAUCUGUCUGGAAGGUUCUCUCCCAAUUGGCACGACCAUAAAAACAACUAGGACAGCUGGUGUAUUAAUUAGUGAUGAUGCUUCAAAUGAGCUAUUUGUCCAAGAUCCUACCUCCAUUGUCCCUCCAUUUGAUAGUGAUGAUCCAUUUAGGCUUGUCAAGUGUGCAUUGCUUGUUACUGGUGUCAUUCAUGACAAGAACUUUCAAUCUAUGGGCUUGGAUAUCAAAACCUGGGCCAAUGUUCCACGUGGUAGUGGCCUAGGGACAUCAAGCAUUCUUGCAGCUGCUGUAGUGAAGGGACUUCUUCAAAUAAUUGAAGGGGACGAUGAGGAAGACAAUGUUGCUAGGCUAGUAUUGGUACUAGAGCAGCUUAUGGGAACAGGGGGAGGCUGGCAGGAUCAGAUUGGUGGGUUAUAUCCUGGUAUUAAAUUUACAACUAGCUUCCCUGGAAUUCCUUUGCGGCUUCAAGUCAUUCCUCUUUCGGCAUCCCCUGAAUUGAUGUUACAAUUGCAUCGGAGAUUGCUUGUGGUAUUUACUGGUCAAGUCCGACUUGCACGCAAAGUAUUGCAGAAUGUGGUGACUCGCUACCUAAGACGAGAUAAUCUGCUUGUAUCCAGCAUCAAGCGUCUUGCUGAACUUGCAAAAAUAGGGAGGGAAGCUCUCAUGAACGGAGAUAUAGAUGAGUUGGGUGAUAUCAUGAUGGAGGCGUGGAGGCUGCAUCAAGAACUGGAUCCAUUUUGUAGUAAUGAAUCUGUUGAUCGAUUUUUUGAAUUUGCCGAACCUUAUUGUUGCGGCUACAAGCUUGUGGGUGCUGGUGGUGGGGGUUUUGCGUUAUUGCUCGCUAAGGAUGUGGAUCGUGCUGACGAGCUGAGACAUCUUUUAUCUCAGACCUCGGAUUUUGACGUGAAAGUCUACGAUUGGAAUAUCUUUUCCGAGUUCUAAUGUACAAGUCUUUUUUGGUCUUUGCAUCACUUCACCCGUUAUAUUCUUUCCCCCAAUGAUGUGUUUUACUGCCCUUAAUUAUUGGCAUGUAUGUUAUAGUAUUGUGCACAGAGCCACAGAAGAUACAAAAGAUUGUUAGGUUUGCUGAGCAGGUUGAUGUAUUCAUUUGGGAACCAUUCAUUUGUUAUAGUUAGUAUGUCAGUAUGUGUACCUAAUGCUCUGCUGAGGCGCUGAGCAGAUUGAUGUACUUAUUUGAUACAUUUAGUAUGUCAGUACAUGUAUGUACCUAAUGCUCUUCUCUUAUAUAUUAUUGUCUAUACUAAUAAUGACAAUUAUAUGAGAAUUAUGACCGAUUUGGAUU